CGGUCUGUCGAGAGAGAAAGGGGGUGAGAGAGGGAUAGUGCACACUGCGGCAGGAGAGGCAAAGGUCCGGAGACAGAAAACGAUAGAGAGCAGAUUUUAACUCCUGAGCGAGUUGAGGACAGUUUCGGAAGUUUGAAUUUUACAUUUCUAUCCCAAAAUGAUUAUUCGCCUCUGCGGUUGGUCUCUGGUUGUAAAUCUCGUCCUUCUCUACCACUUUUCUGCUGCAGUACAGGUCAUUGAAGAACGUAGGUCAAUGGGUCAUCUAGACCUGACCGAGUUGAUCGGCGUGCCCCUACCGCCCUCCGUCGCCUUCAUCACCGGUUACGAGGGCUUCCCGGCCUACAGCUUCGGUCCUGACGCCAACAUCGGACGCCUCACCAAGACCUUCAUGCCCGACCCUUUCUUCAGGGACUUUGCCAUUAUCGUGACCGUCAGGCCCAGCAGCCGGCAGGGAGGGGUGCUGUUCGCCAUCACCGAUGCCCAGCAGAAGGUGGUGCAGCUGGGGCUGGUGCUGACAGCUGUGGAGGACCAGACCCAGAGGAUUCAGCUCUACUACACCGACGGGAGCCCAGGGUCCUCACACAGCCGGCAGGUGGCGUCCUUCAAAGUGCCUGACAUGACGAACACAUGGACACGCUUCACGAUGUCACUGCAGGAUCAGGAGGUGCGCCUCUACAUGGACUGUGAUGAGUUCCACUCGGAGACCUUCAAGAGGAGCAGACAGCAGCUCAGCUUCGAGCCCAGCUCGGGUAUCUUUGUGGGCAGCGCUGGAGGGACAGGCCUGAAAAGGUUUGUGGGCUCCAUCCAGCAGCUGGUGAUCACACCGGACCCCAGAGCAGCAGAGGAGCAGUGUGAAGACGAUGAUCCCUAUGCUUCUGGAGAAGGCAGUGGUGAUGACUUGUUGGAGGACCGUGAAACAGAGGCUGAACUGAGGAAAAACACGGAACGAAGAAAAGAAACAGCCCAGCCUGAGGACAUGCUGAGCCGGCCAGUGCAAGCCCCGCCCACAGAGUCUCCAGAGAUGGAGCUAGAUGAGUCCUCGGGUCACCUGACUGCCACAGAGCAGUCUCAUCAGGAAAUGCUGCUCAAAGGUGGGAAAGAACCCAACCAGAUAGAGGAGCCAGGGGAAAGAUCAGGGGAUGAAAGGCCACUUAGCCAUGGACAGAAAGGAGAGCAAGGAGAUCCUGGGCCUAUGGGUCCUGUUGGGCCCCCGGGGCCCUCAGCUCCCUCUGAGGAUAGUAGUUCUGGACACGGCAAGCCAGGAUCCAGGGGCCCUCAGGGGUUGCCAGGGCCAACAGGGGCCCCUGGGGUGCCAGGGAAGGAUGGACAGCCAGGAAGUAAGGGUGAAGACGGAAGCCCUGGACUAAGAGGACCUCAAGGUGUCCCAGGUUUGGCAGGGGAGGUUGGAGUCAAAGGGGACAAGGGGGACCCAGGAACAGGCUUACCAGGGCCCCCAGGCCCCCCUGGACCCCCUGGACCCUUCAGAUCACACAGUGUACCGUAUGGAGAGGAUGCAAUCGGCUCUGGCUUUGGGGACGUUGACGAUACAGAAUAUAUUAGAGGCCCCCCUGGUCCUCCUGGUCCUCCAGGUCAACCUGGCCCUGCUGGACCCACCCGAUCAGAGGACAUAUUCCCUGGACAGCCUGGUCCUCCGGGAGCACCUGGUAGAGACGGACAAGUUGGGAAACCUGGACCUCCAGUGAUUGAGGAUUGGUAUAGUGGUUCUGGCUCGGGUUCUGGCUCUGAGUUUGGCUCUGGGCUGUUGGCCUCUGGUCUUGGUUCAGGCGAGGGUCCUCCAGGUGUGGUUGGCCAUGUCGGGCCAAUGGGGCCUAAAGGUCGGAAGGGUGAACAAGGACUAGCUGGAUCAAAUGGGCCUACGGGGGAAUCUGGUGACCCAGGGCUGCCAGGAACUACUGGACCAAGAGGACCAGAGGGGAAGAAGGGUGACCCUGGACCUCGAGGCCCACCUGGCCCCCCUGGACCCCCAGGAAGACGAUACUUUGUCGAGGACCUUGAGGGUUCUGGGAAGAGUGACCUGUUCCUUGGUGCAGGAGUCCAAGGCCCUUUGGGUCCUCCUGGUCUUCCUGGCCCAGCAGGACCAAAGGGUGAUAAAGGGAAAGAUGGGACUCCUGGGUUGUCAGUGAAGGGUGAGCCUGGCGAUCCAGGACAUGAGGGACUUGCUGGACUUCCUGGUGCCAGGGGACUGAAAGGAGACAAAGGCGAUCCAGGACCGAAGGGGGAGUGUGGACCUGAUGGGCUCAGUCUGCCUGGUCCCCCCGGUCCUCCCGGCCCUCCAGGACCCAUCGUCAACCUGCAAGAUCUCCUCCUGAACGAUACAGAGGGCCUGUUGAACUUCACAGAGAUCCGUGGGCCACCAGGUCCAAGGGGCCCUGAAGGCGAUCCUGGCAGAGCAGGAUUCCCUGGCCCACGAGGACCAAAGGGUAACAUGGGUAGUCCCGGUCUUCAAGGCCCACUAGGAAUAAAGGGUGCAAAGGGGGAUCCUGGUGUCACAAUCGCUGCUGAUGGCACUGUGUUGACAGGUAUCAGGGGCCCUCAGGGGCCAAAAGGAAUUAAGGGUGAGCGGGGGUUCCCUGGGGCUGCUGGUAUCAUGGGACCAGUUGGUCCACCUGGACAAAAAGGAGAAUAUGGAUUCCCUGGUCGACCGGGACGACCUGGAAUGGCAGGCGCAAAGGGAGACAAGGGAGAUGCCGUAGGUCUACCAGGAUCUCCCGGUCUCCCCGGACCUCCCGGUCCUCCGGGCCCAGUCACAGGACUCAACGGAACAGUUUUUCCGGUCCGUCCCAGACCAUUCUGCAAAACACCAGUAAAUGGUAGUAAGGGAUUAAUUCAAGGUGUCAGGAGAGGAAGUGGAGGCACGAAAGGGGAAAAGGGAGAUGCUGGACUACCUGGAACGCCUGGAAAAUCAGUUGAUGUUCUUCCACAAGGAUUUGUGGGAGAGAAAGGGGACGUGGGAUAUAAAGGAAUGAAAGGAGAGAAGGGUGAUGCUGGGUUACCAGGUCCCCCAGGUCUGCCUGGUAGAUCAGGUCUUGUGGGGCCAAAAGGGGAGUCCAUUAUUGGCCCCGCUGGUCACUCUGGAGCUCCUGGUGAACCAGGGAUCCCUGGUUUCGGACAUCCUGGCCCACGGGGGCCCCCUGGACCUUCGGGGCCCCCUGGACCUCCCCCCAUCUAUGGCUCCGCUGUGAGUAUUCCAGGCCCACCUGGGCCCCCCGGUCCUCCUGGGAUCACAGGCUAUAAAAACCCGGUGACCAUAUACAGGAACACCCACGGCCUGAUGAGGGAGAGCCACCUCACUGCUGAGGGCUCCAUGGCCUAUGUCCUUGACAAAGGGGAACUUUACCUCAGAUCCAGAGAUGGCUGGCGUGAAGUUCAGCUUGGCGAGUUGGUCCCUUUCCCAGAAGAGACCCAAUCCUCCACAGUGUCCCAGGCACUGAGCAGACCGGGAGAUCUCAGCCAACCCCAGCGGCCCCGCAGCCAGGAACUGGUUGGGACCAGCUACGUUCCUAACCACAAUGUCCUACCACAUACAAUACACUCUACACCGGGGCUGCAUCUGGUGGCCCUAAACGCUCCGUUGACCGGGGACAUGCGUGGCAUCCGGGGGGCAGACUUCCAGUGCUACCAGCAGGCUCGCGCCAUGGGUCUGACCGCCACCUACAGAGCCUUCCUGUCCUCACACCUCCAGGACCUGGCCACCAUUGUUAAGAAGGGAGACCGUUACAGCAUGCCCAUCGUCAACCUCAGGGGGGAGUUACUCUACAGUAGCUGGAUGAACAUGUUCUCUGGGAAUGGAGGUGUGUUCGACCCAUCAAUCCCCAUCUAUUCCUUUGACGGGCGGAAUGUCAUGACGGACCCUACUUGGCCUCAGAAGCUGGUGUGGCACGGGUCCGGCACGACGGGCAUCCGGAUGACCACGAGCUACUGCGAGGCGUGGCGGGCGGGUGACAUGGCGGUCACCGGCCAGGCUUCCCUCCUCCAGACGGGCAGACUGCUGGGACAGCACACCCGUAGCUGUUCCAACCACUUCAUAGUGCUGUGCAUCGAAAACAGCUACAUCGACCACAGAAGGUCUAACUAACCUCAGCGCGUACGCCUAGUAUACACAGACACACGCAUCUCCUGUAACAAAGAGCAGCUACUGUAUGUGCCGGAUCACAUGAGGAACUGUCACAUACCAUGGCACUCAGCCGCCCACGGAAAGAGCAGCUUCGUUUCACUGACCGCAGAUGAAUCUCCCCCUCUUCAUUCACCUCUCCAUAUAACAACCGCCUAUAAACAGAGCAAAGCCGCAUUGCACUGGUCCCUAAUAAUGUAUGUUCACUGCCCCGUUAAGAAAGGUCUAGAUAUAAAGUACUUUCUGUCAAAACCACAGCAUCACAAUUCGCUUUGACUGAAGAAGGAAUGCCAAAGAACUGGUGAUCAGCAACCUGCUAAUGAGUCUGCUUUGUUUCUGCUGGUGUAGCCUUCUACACUGUUUAUUUUUGUUGGUUUGCCCAAUUGAGUCUUCUUCUUAAGUGGCUAGUAGACUGGUUUGCUUAAUGAGAACCUUUGUGGCUUAUCAAAUCGGACCCUGAAACAACAUGAUGAAAUUAGAAAGACUGGUCUUUUCGGUGUUUCUUUUCAGUGAUAUAAAAUGUAUGAUGAAAUACCAGGAGGUAUUUCAACUUGUGUAGCUCCCUCAUGCCUUGAAUUCAUUUAGAUGCACUAUGAGUAUAUUUGAAAAGUUUGUGGUGCAUCCAUAUCCAUGAAGGCUUUUUGUCUAUGAAAAUUCAGUUUUUUUUUGUUGCAAGCAACAACUUUUUGUCUUAGUAUUUAAGUUGAAUUCGUUUUUUUUUUAUUAUUAUUUAUACUGUAACAGCACAUAAUCAUACAUCUAGCAACACAGUUUCACUUUGAAAUUAAAUGAAAUGAAGACAAGUGUAUUUAUAUUUUGUUGUGCAAAACUGCUUGUACUAUCUACCCUGAAAUAGGUUCUUUUUUACGGUAUUCCACUAAUUUACUCACUGUAGAUGUACUUUCAAAAGAGCUAUGAAUUAGAUAUCAAGAAUUAGAUGGCUUAAUGGCUGUGGAAAUGACAGGAAUGGAAACAGAGCUCCGAGUAUUUGUAAUAUUUUGGUUGUAACGUCACAAAUGAGAUAUUUCUUUUAUAUAGUCAGGACAAUGUCUUCCUUAGAUUGGAAAUAGAGGUUUGACAGUAAUUCAGAUAAAUAAUAUUGUUGUAAUUAUUGACAUGUGCUCAGUGAAUAAAUUGUUAUUUGUUUUUUA